AUGGGCUUCACAAAGGCAUGGCUUCGGUGCUCGUUACUUGUGCUCUUUCUCUGCACGCUGGGAAGCUGCUCUGCAAAGGGCAUCGAGCGCGAGAUGACGCGUGCCGCCGUGGACGCCACCGGUGUCGGCGUGCUCGUCCCCAACAGCCCGAUCGCCGUCGCGUAUGACCUGGACCACGGCAUUCCGGUCACUCACAACGUGACCGGGCCCGCCAUUGCCCCGGUCACUGCGGCAGUGGCGCCCGGGGCAGUGGCCAUCCCUGCCCCGGCCCCUGCCCCCGUUCCGGUUGCUGCCGCGGCGCCCGUUCCGGUUCCGGCCCCUGCGCCCGUUCCGGUUCCGGCCCCUGCCCCGGUGCCUGUGCCUCCGGCGCCUGCCCCAGUUGCUGCUGCGGGGGGAGCCGCUAACGCGACGGCACCAGCGCCUGCCACAGCAACUGCUCCUAGCGCCCGAAGGCUGUUGCAGGUCGAAGCGCCAGGACACGACGAAUCCCUCUCACGCCCCGCCACAACCCUUCACCGCACGAAACCCCAAACACGCGACGAGCCCAACCUAGUUCUCCCGCAAGAGUCCCAACGCUCCCAGAGGCAGCUCCGCACAGACUGCGCAACGGUUAAGUCGAUGACCCCAAACGGCGUCGUCAACAUAAACAUCGACUGCGCUCCCCCGGGGACUUCGACGACUGCCGUCAUCACGACGUCAGCCGCUUCCCCCCCGACGGUUUCAGUCGUAGGUACGCCCGCCGAAACGCUCGGCGCGCUGUCCCCGCCCCUAGUUACCGCCGCCGGUACGUCACUCAUUUCCCCCUCCACAGUCGUGUCCGUUUCACCUGUCGCUUCUUCGAUAACCGGGGUCACUAACCCGGCCGUUGUAGGAGUGUCGCCUGUAACCCAAAACGGGGUUCGUAGCCCAAGCGGGACAUUAACCGGGACGCAAGACACAACCGGGGCGAUCUCGGGCUCUUUCACACUGGAGCCUCUGGGCACGGCCGCCCCGGUGUCAAUUGCCACCUCCGCCCCUGUCGUGGUCGUUCCUCCGGCUAGCGUAACCAUUCCCUCUAACCCGGUGGUUACGGCACCGGGAGUCGCCUCCCCGGGCGCGCGUAAGCUCCACCAGAUCAGCCCCGUUCCGGCGCCGGCGCCCGCGCCGGGCGGAAUCCUCGGAAUGAUCGGGUCGCUGACCGGGGGACGAAGGAUCCUUGAGAAGGAAGAUGAGAACGAACCUGUUACGCUGCUGGGAAGUGCAGCUGCGAAGGCGCGCGCGCGCAAAGUGCACCAGGCCCUUCCCUCAAUCCCCUCGCUUCUGGGCGCGCCCGCGCCCGCGCCGGGGGGACUGCUCGCUUCUCUCUUGGGCCUCGGAGCACGGAAGCUGCUCGGGGAGGCGACCAAGACGGUCACGCAGCCUAUCUGCCGUCAGGGGGGUAACAUCGCCCCCAUCGACUGCCCCUCAGGCCUCGUCUGCGAGCCGGAAGGCCCCGUUCCGUCGAACCCCGACAUCGCUAGGAUGGGAGUCUGCGUUCCUGCAACCUGCCGUCAGGGGGGUAGCAUUCUCCCCAUCGACUGCCCCCCCGGGCUGGUGUGCGAGCUGCGAGGCCCUGUUCCGCUGAACCCGGACAUUGCCAGGCUGGGAGCCUGCGUUCCUGCGAGUCAGUAG